CCCGGAUGUAGCGGGACGAGGCGCUACCGCCAUCUUUGCCCAGAGAGCAGUGAGCUGAUCGUGGCUGAGCCCCCCCGCCAGACCCAUCGGUCUCCAUCCGCCCCGCGCAGCCCCCGCCGCCCUCACUCGCCGGACAUGGACGAUCGGGAGGACCUCGUCUAUCAGGCCAAGCUAGCCGAGCAAGCUGAGCGCUACGAUGAAAUGGUUGAAUCAAUGAAAAAAGUGGCUGGAAUGGAUGUGGAAUUGACAGUUGAAGAACGGAAUCUGCUGUCUGUUGCAUACAAAAAUGUGAUUGGAGCUAGAAGAGCUUCUUGGAGAAUAAUCAGCAGCAUUGAACAGAAAGAGGAAAACAAGGGUGGAGAAGACAAAUUAAAGAUGAUCCGAGAGUAUCGGCAAAUGGUUGAGACUGAAUUGAAACUAAUCUGUUGUGACAUUCUGGAUGUACUGGACAAACACCUCAUUCCAGCAGCCAACACUGGUGAAUCCAAGGUUUUCUAUUAUAAAAUGAAAGGGGACUACCACAGGUAUCUUGCUGAGUUUGCCACAGGAAAUGACAGAAAGGAAGCUGCUGAGAACAGCCUGGUGGCUUAUAAAGCUGCUAGUGAUAUUGCAAUGACAGAACUUCCUCCUACACAUCCCAUCCGUCUAGGUCUUGCCCUCAACUUCUCUGUUUUCUACUAUGAAAUUCUUAAUUCUCCUGACCGUGCCUGCAGGUUGGCAAAAGCAGCUUUCGAUGAUGCUAUUGCAGAACUGGAUACGCUGAGUGAAGAAAGCUAUAAGGAUUCUACACUUAUCAUGCAGUUGUUACGUGAUAAUCUGACACUAUGGACUUCAGACAUGCAGGGUGAUGAUUCCUAAAGGAUUUCACCUGUUCAUUUUCUAAAUCCUACUUUGUGAAGAACAGAGUAAAGAAGCGCUGCAGGAUGUGGAAGAUGAGAACCAGUGAGACACAAAGGCCAAUAAGAGACCCCAUCUCUGUCCCCAUUCACCUGUUCCCCCUCCUCCUGCCCUCCCCAGCCCCUCAGUGUCACUGGGAGCCACCCAAUCUAAUGUUUGUGAUGGCUCUCAAAAUUUAGGUUCCUACCCUGGUUUUUUUUUUUUUUACACAAUUGAAAAUUUCUUUAAAGGCAAGAGUGAAUGUCUGUGGAUUUUACUGGUGCCAGCUUUCAGUUUCUUUUAAGACACUAACCAGACUGGCUGUGUAGAGGCUUUUUCUGCGUUACUCUGUUGUCUUCUGUCAGGUGUUGAAGGUGACAUCUGGAAGCCAUUAGAAUUCUAGAGGAGACUUGUUGCACUGUAGGGUGCAUGUGGUGGCAUUUUUCCUUUUUUAUAAUUGUUUAAACAAUUUUAUACCAGUGUUUAAAAUUAAUUGGGUGUUUAGCUUGAAGUUACAGGUUGCAUUGAAACAGUUCUUGUAAUGGUUUUGCUGUAAAAGAAAACCACACAAAAAAACUCAAAACUGCUGCAAUAUUGCUGCACCAGAAAGUGCUGGUAACAGUUCAACAAUCCGUGGCUGCUCAUUCUUGCCUUCUCAUUUUUCCUCCAAGCAGGUUAGCAUUGAAGGUGGCGUUGAAAAGCCUGCAUGUGUGUUCAAUAUUUUUCUCUCCCCUCUCCCCUCCCUCUUCGCUAGCUCAACCUCUUUUGUUCAGUAUGUGUAACUUGAAGCUAAUUUGUACUACUGGAUAUCUGACUGGAGCCACAGAUACAGGAUCUGUAUUGUUCUUACUGAAACACAGCAUGGAAUUAACAUUAAACUUAAAUAAAACAACCCUAAAUUAAAAUGACGCCAAAUACUACCGCUACUUUUCCAGGGUAGCUGUCAAGCAAGAGAUGCAGGUAGAACAUAUAGCAGGGGAAAGAAAGUGAGAUUUCAGGGAAAGCUGUCACUGUGACCUUAAUUAGAUGUCCCAAACCAGAACAUGUCAAUCUAAAUUAGUAGCUGUACAUCAUGUGCAAACUUGGGCACUGAACCCAUCUCAGGCAGCCCAUCUGCUUAAGCAUUGCAACCCAAAGAAAGAUUGUUCCAGUAAAGCAGAGAGGCAUGCUCUAAGAACACUUGUCAGAGCUUGAAUUCAGGUUGAGCUAGAGCACAUCCUUGAAAACCACCCUAUCUGAUUUCUACAGGCUCUUUCUUUAAAAGUUCUGCUCAGCUGUAAGCAAUGUUCAGUCCUUUCAGUCAUGUGCUGGCAAAACACUGCAGGGAUUGUGGGGAAAUCCUACAUACACGCCCCAAAGUGUUUCUUGUGUCGCUUCAGUCUUCUUUCCUGACGAUUCCUUGCCACCAUCCUUCUUGCCUGAACUGUCUCCUUGCCUUUUGGUUCCAUCUGGGCUUUCCCCUUGAAUUGAGCAGCGAGUGUUGGAUAAAUAAAAUGCUGUGUAAAGAUUCUGUA